AUGAAGUCGGAAGAGCCAGAAUCCGACACUCAUGAUCUGGCCAGGCCUGCGACAGAGGUUGGCCAAUGUGUCAAUGUGCAAGAGGCCGACGUCAAGAAUGAAACCACAGCCAAGCAGCCGCAGUCAUUGUACUGUAUCCUAUCAGAGAAGGAGAAGGUUUUCACGAUAUGUAUCUGUUCGUUGGGGACUUUCCUGGGUCCUGUAGCGGGUGGCAUGUAUCUUCCUGCUAUCGGAUCAUUAGCAAGAGAUCUGCACGUGUCAACUGCAAAUAUUCUACUGACACUUACAACCUUCAGGGUAUGA